UGUGCAUAUGUAUGAACACAAUACAUUAGAAUUUAACUUCAUUUAAAAGAUUGGAAUUAAAAUUAUUAUAAAUAAUUAAUUAUUAAUCAUUUCAAUUUGUUUAAAUGUUGAUAAAUAUAGUCAAUAAGAAUUAGUGUUGAGAUAUUAUAGUAAUAGUGCUGACUACAAAAUAGGAAUUUUGAUUUUGUGAAUAUUAUUUUUAGGUUGGUACAGUAAAUAUCUAUAUUAUUAUUAUAGUAAUUAUUGUUAUCAUUAAUAUAGUUAUUAUUAUUGAUAUAACAAUAUGAUGUUAUUGUAAUACUUUUUAUUAUCAAAUUCAAUUUGGAAAAUUACAAUGAGGAAUGAAUUUCUGAUCAAGUAUAAGAACCAUACAACGAAAUGUCAUGUAUAUUAUGUAUUUUGGCGCAAUUGUAUAUCGCAUGGUAAAGUACGACGUCAUGACGUCAUUUCCUGUCAUAUUUGACGUUGUAAAACAUUUACUUUAUUGGUGUAUACAACAGUUAUAACUAUGUAGUGAAUUCGUAUUUGUAAACUUUGAUAAAGCCCGUUUGGGCGAAAUAUUAAUAAAAGAGUGUUUUUACUAUGAAAUAUGUAUAUCUUUAUCCCUACUGGAUAUAAAACUGAGUAUUGACAUUACACUCCUAAAAGAUUUAUGAGUAUGAAGAACUACAUAACAUCGCACCAGAGUAAAUUGCUACGUUACAAAUCACAUGCGGAUUUCUUAAAUAAGUGCCUCACGGAAGGAAUAGUGCCAAAUGGAUUUAAAUUACAAUGGGAACCACAAAUAGAUAUGGAUCUGGAAACUCGAGAAAAAUGUGCCAAAGUCAAGAAGGAUGCGUCAUUGCGGUUGAUUACACUUACUGAAAAGGCUAUUACAAGUAAGAUAAUAGAAUUACAAAGCAACAAUGUUGAUAUUCAUAAUGAAAACUCAAAUCAUUUACAAAGGAGUCUAUAUGAACGGAAACAAAACAAAUUGCAAAAGGCACGUAUGCUUAAUUUUGACAUCAGAGACAUUAAUAACUCAUUAGAUGAUUUCAUUGUGAAAAAUGUAGCAGGAGAUGGGAAUUGUUUUUACAGAUGUAUUGCUUUAGACAUUUAUGGAUCUGUGGAGAAACAUGCAUGUAUACGAGAUAAGAUAGUUCACCAUAUGCACAACAACACCAAUCUGUAUUCAGUAUAUAUAGAUGAGGACAUCAACAUUCAUAUAACAAAUCAGAGUCAUAAAGAUGGCAGAAUGUCUUCAUGGGCUACAGAAGCAGAAAUUUAUGCAGCGGCUACGGUAUAUUCAGCUGUUGUACAGAUCUACAACGUAACGAACGGUGUAACUCAAAUUCUGAAUUUCGAACCGGUUACAAAAAGUACAAAAAUAAAGCGAUAUUUUUUCUUGAAAAUGGAACAUGGACAUUUUGAUUCAUUAAGAGUGAAAAGUAAGCAAAAAGUAUCACAUGACCGAAUUGAAGAUACGUCUCAGUUUGACUGGUUCGAUAUGGAACAACUUCCCGAAAAGCCCCAUGUCAAAACAGUAUCGCAUGAUGAAAUGGUACGAAUUCCGAAACCAUCUGAAGUGGAACAUGCAUGUUUUAAGGACAAAAAGAAGGUUAUAAACAAAGACAAUCCACACAAAGAUACAGACAGAGACUUGGUAACAAAGGAUCAGUUUUCAACAAUCAUAAACUUAUCUUCCAGGGAUUUAACAUUUAAUGAAAAAGAAAUUCUAUCAAAAGGUUUAAAAUUCAUACCUACAACUAACAAAUAUGACAUCACAAAACUGCAAAGCGAUCUCUGUGAGUGGGAAAGACGCAUGCGUCUUAAAGAGUAUUUCCAUGAUAAACAAAAUGAUCAGGAGAAAGAUAAUAUCAAACCAUGGAUGAAGAAAAAAAGUAGAUUUACACCAACACCUGGGAGAGAAAAAAGUCUUGAUACAUAUAUUGACGCGGUAAAACGAGAGAUACUAUAUGGACUUAAAGACAGAGUUCAGUCAAAUAUAAGUGACAAAGAAUCAAAGGCCUUACAAAGCUUGCUGAAUGAUUCAAGUAUAAUCAUUCGACCCGCAGACAAAGGAUCAGGAGUUGUGGUCGUUAAUACCGAGGACUAUAUCAAAAAUCUGGAGAAGGAAAUGAAUGAAUGUGAUUCUUAUGAAAAAAACAACGGAAAGUGUAAACAUGAAGCAAGCAGGGCGGUUAAAAAGGUAGCAAGUAAAUUAUAUAGAGACGGCCUUAUUGACCAGGAACUGAAAGAUUACUUAAUACCAAAACACCCCCAAGAAGCAAAGUUAAAAGGAAAUCCAAAAAUCCAUAAAAAUAACAAUCCAUACCGGACAAUAGUGAAUGGCAUUAGGACGGCCACAGAAAACAUGGCAGAAGUUGCAGAGAAAGAGUUGAAUGAGUUUGUAGAAACAACACCAAGUUAUAUUAAAGAUACAACAGAUUUUCUGACAAAACUGCAAGAAAUCCCCAAUGAAAUUCCAGAAAAUACAAUGCUUUUCUGCUUUGAUGUUAUCAAACUUUAUCCAUCCAUUCCUAAACAAAAAGGCUUAGAGGCAUGUAGAGAAGCACUUGAAACUAGAACAGACAAAACCAUCCCUUCAAAAGCAAUAGAAGAAAUGAUAACCACCGUUCUUGACAACAAUAUUAUAACAUUCAAUGGAACUGAGUAUAAACAAAGAAAAGGAGUUGCCAUAGGCUCAAAGUUGGGGAGGAAUUUUGCAUGUGCCUAUAUGCGUAAAUGGGAUGAAGAACUAAUGAAGAAUGAGUUCAUACCAAUCUUUUACAAAAGAUACAUCGACGAUGGAUUUGGAUUUUGGACACAUGGACUGGAAAAGCUUAAUGAGUUCCUUAUGUUUGCAAACCAGAUUGAUGAAAGUAUUCAAGUAGAAAUGAGAGUUGGUGGGAAAGAAAUAGAAUUUCUGGAUACUAUCGUGAAGAUAGAAGAUAGGAAAGUAAUAACAUCUUUAUACACAAAACCCUCAGACAAGCACAUGUAUUUAAACUACAAAUCAAGCCAUCCAAGAAAAACAAAAGAAGCCAUUCCAUAUAGUCAAGCCAUUAGACUGAAAAGAAUCUGUUCUAAAGAUACAGAUUAUCAGGUCCAUAAGAAAAAAUUAAAACACUAUCUUCGUAAACGUGGCUAUAGCGGAAAGAUCAUUGACAGGCAAUUUGAUCGAGCAGACAAGCUGGAUAGGGAUACUCUUUUGAAACCAAGUGAAGACAAGAAGAAAAACAUGAAAAGAGUUCCACUUGUACUUACGUACUCGAAAAAACUACCACGCAUACACGAUAUUGUGAAAAAGCACCUACCUCUACUGCACGAGUCGAAUAGAAUGAAGGAAUUUUUUAAUGAAAUGCCUAUUGUUGCAUACAGACGAGACAAGAACAUAGCAGAUAUAUUAGUGCAUGAAAAAACCAAUCGUACUAUGACAAGGGAGGUCAAUCCAGUAGAAAGAUGCACCAAAAAGUGUGUAGUGUGUGACAUGCUAACAAGGGGGUUGCACAACCGUGGAGGGGUGAGUGGAGUGACCAUUAGCAAAAGGCAGACCUGUGAAGCAUGUAACGUCAUCUAUGGAAUAAACUGUAUACAGUGUGGCAAAAUAGUUUAUGUGGGGGAGACAUCACGCUCACUAAAAGAACGAUUAAAGGAGCAUGAGGCAGAUACAAGGCACCACAGAAGCAAACCUGUUGCUGAGCAUUUUAACUCCGGACAACAUAGUGUAGAAGACAUGGGAGUAUGUGUUUUACAAAAUAUUAGAGACAAUUCGGAUUACUACCGCAAGAUAAAAGAACUUAACUGGAUUCAAUUGUUAAAGACAGAAGUUCCAAAUGGACUUAACACAAAAGCAGCUUCCGAUUUAGUAUGGCAGAAUUAUAGGCGAUAGUGUAGGCCAAUACGAGAUUCGUGUAGACAGUUUAAGUAACGAUAACUAUUUUCAAAAUGCAUAAUUCUCCAACAAUAGUGCAUGCGAGCGUAAGUAUGUGAGAGGGUGGAUAUGUAUGUGUGUAUAUAUGAGUAUAUGUGUGGGUGUGUAUAUAUAUAUGUAUAUGUGUAUGUAUGUACACAUGUAGGUGUUUAUUUGUGUACCUGUAAUUAUAUGUGCAAGUAUAUGAGUGAAUAUGUACAAGUGUGAAGGAAUGCGUAUAUAUGUGUGCAUAUGUAUGAACACAAUACAUUAGAAUUUAACUUCAUUUAAAAGAUUGGAAUUAAAAUUAUUAUAAAUAAUUAAUUAUUAAUCAUUUCAAUUUGUUUAAAUGUUGAUAAAUAUAGUCAAUAAGAAUUAGUGUUAAGAUAUUAUAGUAAUAGUGCUGACUACAAAAUAGGAAUUUUGAUUUUGUGAAUAUUAUUUUUAGGUUGGUACAGUAAAUAUCUAUAUUAUUAUUAUAGUAAUUAUUGUUAUCAUUAAUAUAGUUAUUAUUAUUGAUAUAACAAUAUGAUGUUAUUGUAAUACUUUUUAUUAUCAAAUUCAAUUUGGAAAAUUACAAUGAGGAAUGAAUUUCUGAUCAAGUAUAAGAACCAUACAACGAAAUGUCAUGUAUAUUAUGUAUUUUGGCGCAAUUGUAUA